ACUGCAGGUCUUUCCUUGCGGCGGCUUGAGAGCAGGCUAGCAGUUGCGGUGGCCGGGGUCAUGGCAGGACAAGCAUUUAGAAAGUUUCUUCCUCUCUUUGAUCGAGUAUUAGUUGAAAGAAGUGCAGCUGAAACGGUAACCAAAGGAGGCAUUAUGCUUCCAGAAAAAUCUCAAGGAAAAGUAUUGCAAGCAACCGUAGUAGCUGUUGGAUCAGGCUCUAAAGGAAAGGGUGGAGAGAUUCAACCAGUUAGUGUCAAAGUUGGAGAUAAAGUUCUUCUGCCAGAAUAUGGAGGCACCAGAGUAGUUCUGGAUGACAAGGAUUAUUUCUUAUUUAGAGAUGGUGACAUUCUUGGAAAAUACGUAGACUGAAACAAGUCACUGUCUAAUGGCAUCACAUGAAGCUGCCCCCAUUCCACUGAAGUUCUGAGAUCUUUUCAUCAUGUAAAUAAUUUCAAUGUCUGUCUUUUAUAAUAAACUAAUGAUAUCCAAACUGAUGACAUCCAGUGCUUCUAAAAUUUAGUUUCACUGUACCGAUGUACACAUUUACAAAUAAAAAUAUAUAAAUGAA